AUGCUGAGAUCUACCGAAGUCCAGACAACACAAGCCGAAGAACGCAACAUGAGAGUGAAUAUUCUGGUUGCGCAGGACAAAGAUUUCAUACACGAUCCUGGCGUUGCCGUGAGUGUUGUCGAGCAUUUGCACAAUCGACACAACAUCAGAACAAGGUACUAUCAUGGCCCAGGUGGAGGGCUGUACAACUGUCGUACGGACGAGAAGAACCUUAUGCCAUCUGAUGAGUUGGUGGAAUGGACUGAUCUACUGGUCAUAGCAUGCUUGAGCGCCGGUUCAUUAAGCAGAAUGCUGCAGGGAGGUACAGACCAUUUCCUGCUCGAGGUGCUCAGAUCCUGGGAUGUCUCCAAAAAGAUUCUAAUGAUCCCGGGGAUGACAUUUGCCAUGUGGGAAAACCCAAUGACCAGAAAGCAGAUAAACAAAAUAAGAAGAAAAUGGAAUUGGAUUCGUGUUCUCGAGCCUGUCUUAUGGCAUGGCAUGGAUGACCCACUGAGUGCGGGUCAGAAAUGGGCAGGUAUGGACGACCUUAUCCAAGAGGUUCAAAAUCAGGCGGAUCUCAUUUCAAUCGGCCACGACUUGGAGCCCGUUUCUGGAAGCAGUCAGCAUUCGCCCAUUCAUGCUCAUCCGAAUCAAGCACAAUUGCCUUCCGAAAUUUGGUCGUUGAUCAUGGAUCACGUAGGCGAUUGGGAAGUCGCAAAAUCUCUAGGGAUCUAUACCAAUCUACCCAUGCCAACAGAAUGGAGGGUGCAUGUCCCCAAAGUGCUUGGCACUUCUGUGGAUGCGCAGCAAUUCGGCGACCUUGAAUGGACUAUGCUGGUCGGCAACUAUGACCAGGUGCUCUCGUGGUUCAGGCUUUAUCCAACACCUAAAUGGCUCUCCCGGCUCUGUGUGAAGCUCAUCAUCAAGUUCUCGCGUACCAACCUUCUUUCCUUCCUCGAGUCGAAACAUAAAGAUCUGUUCUGGUCUACGUUCGGACAAACUUUGCUUCCAACAAAGGCAUCUGCAGUCUUUGGCCAGGUCGCGAUCCUGGACUGGUGGCACACCUCACCGUCUUUUCUGACCAAGGAAUACAACGCCGAAGCUCUCGACUCUGCCUCUAAAGCUGGCUUUAUCCACGUUCUCGACUGGUGGCGCAAAUCACGUCUCCCACUCCGCUACACAGAGGCAGCGCUAGAGCAAGCGUCCUCGCGCGGCAAUCUCGAAGUGCUCGAAUGGUGGCACAAGGCUUCGUCGCCUCAAGCCAGCGAAGCCCGCACCGACUAUAACGAAGCUAGCACCGACAACGCUCAGGGUGAAGAUUCUGCGCGCAAAGCCAGCAACGUGCCAUCGGAUACCAGCCAAACGCCGCCUCUUCCCCUCUUGGUCGGCAAAUCCAUCAUCUACGCGGCCCAAAAUGGCCAAGCCGCCACACUCCAGUGGUGGGUCAACUCCGGCAUCCCCUUCGGUUACGAAGCAUCCGUCGCGCGCAUCGCGUCCGCGAACGGCCACAUUGACGUCCUGCAGCUCUGGAAGGAAUGCAAGGGCGCGAAGAUGCAAUACGACAACCAAGUCUUGGUCGGCCCGACCAAGAACGGGCAUGUGGAUGUGCUGGAAUGGUGGAAACAGAGCAAGUACACUGUGGAGUACAAGACUUGCGAUAUCGAGGAGGCGUUGGAGGACAGCCUUGGGGGUUCGGGUGAGGAUAGCAUUCGGGCUUGGUGGGCGAGAAAUGGGUUGAAUCUCGGAGUGGGGACGAGUGAGUGGAUGAAGGUCAAGGUCCUAUAG